GAAAGUGAGGUCAAGAUGGCGCGCUGCAGCAUGUGAAGGGGACUUCUCGGUAACCGGUCGUUCGCUUGAAGAACAUGUUCAAAACACCAUGUAGCAGACUGACGGGAGUUUGGAAAUACAUACCACGCGAUGGUUUGGUUGGUGUCAGCGUGCAGCCGAAGCUCAUUGCAAAUGCUUUUAGGUGUCACCUGAGUGCCAGGAGUCUGAUUCAGCUCUGCAGAAAGAAUCAAGCAGAAUGGAUCACAUUCCAGCACCUCUGCUUCCUGAAGAGACAGUAUGUUAAGAGCAGCAAUGAUCUGUGUCAGCGAGCAAGACCCAAGCAGGAGCGUGUUACUUCUGUGCUGGCUGAGCAAGAUGAUUUGGUUGACGGACAGGUUCAGCAAAUCCCAGCCGUAAAGCCUGAGUCCAGUACUGUGGUGGCGCCAUGUGACCCGCAGGACAUCCAGAAUGAACCAGAGGCAGCCAGGGCAGCACGCUUAGAGGCCCGGCAGUGGAAGGAAUUAAGGGUGGAGUACAGUGAUUUACCGGGGAUCUAUGCACGACUCUCCAAACUCAAACUAACAGCUCUUGUAGUUACUACGGCAGCUGCUGGCUUUGCCAUGGCUCCAGUGGCCUUUGACCCCGUCACUUUUAUGAUGGCUUCAGUCGGAACGGGUCUCUCUUCCUGUACAGCCAAUUCCAUCAAUCAGUACUUUGAGGUGCCCUUCGACUCAAACAUGAAUCGUACCAAAAACAGACCUCUGGUCAGAGGACAAAUCAGCCCGCUCCAUGCCGUGUCAUUCGCGCUGGCAUGUGGGAUCCCAGGUUUGACCCUGCUGACCCUGGGUGUAAAUCCCCUGACGGGCUUUCUGGGCGCCCUGACCAUCUUUCUGUACACGUGCUGCUACACUCCUCUGAAACGCCUCAGCAUCACCAACACCUGGGUGGGCGCGGUGGUGGGCGCCAUCCCACCUGUUAUGGGCUGGACUGCAGCCACUGGCUCUCUCGAUCCAGGAGCUCUCUUGCUGGGAGGUUUCCUGUUCUCCUGGCAGUUUCCUCACUUUAAUGCGUUGAGCUGGAACCUGAGAGAGGACUACUCGCGAGGCGGGUACCGAAUGAUGUCUGUCACUCAUCCAGCCCUUUGUAAGCGUGUGGCCCUCCGCCACAGUGUAGGCCUGAUUGGCCUCUCUGCCUUGGGCCCCGCGCUGGACGUCACCACCUGGACCUUUCCCCUAGUCUCUCUGCCGAUUAACCUUUACAUCAGCUACCUGGCCUUCAGGUUCUAUCGCCAUGGUGACAGGCAGAACGCCCGAAAGCUGUUCUUCUGUAGUCUCUGGCAUCUGCCAAUGCUGCUGCUGCUGGCACUCACCUGCAAAAAGAGGCGUGUGACACAGGACGAGGCAGCCGUUGCCCCUAGUAUGGCAUCUCUGGCUCUGUAGAGUCAACACAAUCCCCUUCUGGCCAUUGCCAUUGGUUUUCAUAUACUGACUUGCUGUCUGCAAUUAAUUGCUGUUGGCCCCAAAGUGAAUAACGUCUUGGAGUUUAAAAAUUAUGCACCUUGGAAAGGGUGAGACAAAAUAGAAAACAUGCCUAACUGUGAUAACCAUAACCUCUUUAUUUAUAUUGAGGUUUUCGUCAGGGAGAAAUUAUGACAUUGUCGAUACAUACAUUUCAAAAUACAUAAAGAUUUCAAAAUCCCUGAAUUCACUCAGGUAGCUUAUACACAAAUCAAUGCUAUGUGUGUGUAAAUAUAUGAUAUAUUUAUUUGAUACAGCCCCUCUGAUGUUUAUAAACACAAUGUCUGUGAUUGUAUAGACUAAUAAACAAAAAGAAUGACCCUUAACAACUUCAUAUGGAAUAUCUAUGUACAUCCAUGAUGCUGCAUCGGUGAUUCUCACUAAACUUAUCAAGAAAAUGGCCAAUCCCAAAAGUAUUUUUUUUUUUUUUGCAUAAUGUAAAAAUGAAGGCUACAUUUAGUGGGCAUUAAGAUUUUUUGCAUUGUGACAUUAAGUCAGGAGACUUGAGCACGUUUUUACCCUCCAUUCCUAACCACUUCCGACCCACCCCCCAUUAUCCUUAGCGCAAUGCAUUAGGAUGUUUUACUUUUACAUUUCCCAUUGUUUUCAGUGAUGAUUCUCAGUACUGUAACUGUCUUUUUUUUUUUUUUUCUUUUUUUUUUUACUGUGUUACAGUAAAACAAUGAUGGUGUACAAUUAUGUUAAAUUAAAAUAAUUAAAUUAAAAGCAUUACCAAAGGAGUGCAAAUAAGGUGUAUAAAUACUUUACAAUUUCUGUUAAAUUUUUUCCUCAUUGCAGUAAUAAGAAUAUCAUAAUAACCAUAUUUUUGGCUUUAAAGUAAUGAGAAAUGGGGGUUAAAAUGUGCAUAACAGUCAUGAAAAUAUUGUCACAAUGUAAAUAAAUUAUCAAUUAUAAAUUGCCUUAAAAAUAGGCUUAUUUUUAUUUUACAUAUAUAUAUAUAUAUAUAUAUACUGUGCAGAAGUUUUAGGCACUGUCUUAAGAUGGUUAUUUAUAUCUUCAGCUUUAGUGUGCCAAUUGGAAAAACACAUUUUAGACUCCCAAACAUUACUUUUGCAAAUAGAAAAGAUUAGAAUAGAAGAACAGGGCACUCUGCAAGAGAUGGCAUUGCCCCCACAGACCCCCUACUGAACAUAGAGUCAGUCUGGGUUUACAUGAAGAGACAGAAGCAAUUGAGACAUCCUAAAUAGAUAAAAGAACUGUGGUGAAUUCUCCAAGAGGCUUGGUACAUACUAUCUGCCAACAACCAAGAAAAACUGUGUCCAGGUGUACCUAGGAGAAUUGGGUCUGUUUUAAAGGCAAAAGUGGCCACACCAAAUAUUGAUUUAGCUUUUUUAUCUUUACUGGACUUUGUAUGAUGUUAAUUAGUAAAUGUAUAGACUUUGCUGUUGCGGAAGGAAAUUGGUACUUAAAUUCACAAAAGUGGCAUUCAACUGAUCACAAAGUAUAGUUAGGAUAUUACUGAUAUAAAAAACAGCCCCAUCACUAUUUGAAAAAAAGUCAUUUUUGAUCAAAUCUAGACCAGCCACAUUUCCAGCAGCCAUCACUCCUACACCUUAUCCUUGAGUAAUCAUGCUAAAUUGCUAACUUGGUACUAGAAAAUCACUUGCCAUUAUAUCAAACACAGUUGAAAGCUAUUUGGUUCGUUAAAUGAAGCUUAACAUUGUCUUUGUGUUUGUUUUUGAGUUGCCACAGUAUGCAAUAAACUGGCAUGUCUUAAGGUCAAUAUUUGGUCAAAAAUGGCAAAAAAAAGAAACGGCUUUCUCUAGAAACUCGUCAGUCAAUCAUUGUUUUGAGGAAUGAAGGAUAUACAAUGCUUGAAAUUUCCAAAAGACUGAAGAUUUCAUACAAAGGUCUACAGUCUUCAAAGACCAAGAACAACUGGCUCUAACAAGGACAGAAAGAGAUGUGGAAGGCCAGAUGUACAACUAAACAAGAGGAUAAGUACAUCAGAGUCUCUAGUUUGAGAAAUAGACGCCUCACAUGUCCUCAGCUGACAGCUUCAUUGAAUUCUACCUGCUCAACACCAGUUUCAUGUACAACAGUAAAGAGAAGACUCAGGGGUGCAGGCCUUAUUAGAAGAAUUGCAAAGAAAAAGCCACUUUUGAAACAGAAAAACAAAAAGAAAUGGUUAGAGUGGGCGAAAAAUCACAGACAUUGGACAACAGAUAAUUGGAAAAGUGUGUUAUGGAUCUUAAUCCCAUUGAGCUUGUGGGAUCAGCUAGACUGUAAGGUGCGUGAGAAGUGCCCGACAAGACAGCCACAUCUGAAAAAUGUGAAAUGUCACCUGAGUAUCUGGACAAACUGACAGCUAGAAUACCAAGGAUCUACAAAGCUGUCAUUGUUGCAUGUGGAGGAUUUUUUGAUGAGAACUCUCUGAAGUAGUUUAAGAUGUUCUGAAAAAGAUUUCAGAUUGCAAUAGUAAUUUUUCACGUUAUUAAUGCCACUUUGGUGAAUAAAAGUACUAAUUUCUUUCCAUUAGAGCAAAAUUUGUACAUUAUUCCAAACUUUUGGCUGCCUGUGUGUGUGUGUGUGUGUGUGUGUGUGUGUGUAUAUAUGUGUAUAUAUACAUAUGUAUAUCUGUGAAAUGGAAUUUCUUAUUUAUUUUGAUUUUACAGUAAAACCAGGACAUUUUCUUAAAUUUUAAUGAGAAUCACCCGUAUACAUUUUGCCUAGAAUUUGCAAAUAAUAUUGUCAAACUGUAUUUGGGUCUAAUGUCAUUAAUGUGGAUAUUUGUCUUUAUGCUUUAAUGGCCUAAAAUGAGAUAAUGGUUUAAUGCGCCUUGAAAUUUAUAGCGUAAUCAGCAACAUUUAUGUGAUCCAUUAAUGUUUAUUCUCAAAUAAUUACUUGGUCAUAAUUUUGGCUUCCUAAGUCUGUUAAAAUUGUAUUUUGGCAUUUGAUUUAUUUAGUAAAGAAAACACUGUUUCACUGUUAGCCCAGAAGGCUUUAUUCUGCAUCCUCAUUUAAAACUCCGUCCCUUUGAAAAUAAAUGCUGAGCGAUUGCUUUAAAGAGUGUUCUGGUCUGGUCCAUCAAAAAUGCUGAAGUUUUUGAGAACAAAUUAAUACAAAUAAACUUACUCAGCUUAGUCAUUUCUUGAAUCACAUUAAUGUGAAUAACUGGAACAGAGUGCUGAAUACCACUGAAGCUUGUUCAGUCCAAACAGUGUAUUGCUGAUCUGAAGUAUCGUUCAUUUUACAUUCAGCACCUUCACUGUUUACCAUCAUCUAACCUCACCUUAUCAAUGAUCUCUGUAAGACACACAAGAACGAGAGUUGUUUUUUAAUAAAUGUCUUGCG